AUGGAGUUGGCAAUGCAGGCAACUGAACAGAUGGAGAACUUGCGAAAACUGUCUAAAUCAUUCCGACAACAGCUUAAAGAGGCCGGUUUCCCUGUUAGAACCGACAUCGACCAUCCCAUAGUAUCUGUUGUUGUCGGUGAGAUGGAGAGGGUGUACACCAUCACUAAGAAUGAGCUGGAAAGAAGAAUUCUGUGGUUGUCAGUCUGGCACAGUGUCACAUUUGGCCACAAUGUGCUCCUGGGUGAUGUUGUUUUGCCUCUUAAUAAACAGAACUUCAAUGACACCUCACCACAGUGGUUCCAGCUAUCAGGAGACCAUAUGGGUGCUGGGGAUCGAGACCAAGCCGUUACUAAUGAUACUGACCCUCACAGCAUCAAAACAAAGAGAGGGCAAGUUCUAAACCAGGCUGAUGUGGGCAACCAGUGGCAAAGGUCAACAUUAUUGGAGACAUCAUUACAGCCCAACUUUGACAACCAGCAGGAUGACUUCCAAUCCCAGACAACAAGAAAGACUGUUGUAUCAGACCAAUACCAACAAAACCAACCAUCAUCACAACCUACCUUUGGCAAGCAGUCGUUGCAACAAGGAAAUUUCCAAUCUCAGACACUGCCUGGUGAGUCAACAGGACCAAAUAUACCCCAUCAUCAACAAGGAGAAUCCCAGCAUAGCAGACUACCUCGGGGGCCAGUCACUGACCACCACCUGCAGGAACAAGGUGGUGACCACAUUCAAACAAGGAGGAAAUCAAGCCAUGACUUCCCACCUUUACACCCACAACAGGACCCUGUGGCUGCUGGUGAUCAAGACCAGGGGGUUACUGACCCUCAGGCCAUCAAAACAAUGGGAAACAAAGCUCUUAACCAGGCCCAUGGGGAUAACCAGUUAGAAAGGUUACCUACGGCAGUGACACAUGAGGUUGCUGGGGUUCUUAGACAGAUUCCUGCUAACACAGUGUGUUGUUAA